AACGAAGACACAAAAUGGAGCCGAAAGUACCUGGCUGAGGGAAAGUACACUUGCUCUCGAUAUUAUGCCUGCGAUCAAGUUUUGUCUCUGUGUUUGAGGAAAUAAUAAUAAGAUAAGUCAACUAAGACGUCGAGGAAAGAGGCUUUAACAUGUUAUGGGUGUUAAUCAUCGCCGCCUUAAUGGCAACAGAGUCCACCAUGGCCAUCUCGGUCCAGUGUCCCACCAAGAGGUACAUCGUCAUCCUCUUCCAGCCCGUCACACUCACCUGUAACUACCAGACAACUGCCACUCAGCCUCCUGUUGUCACAUGGAGAUACAAGUCCUAUUGCAGGGACCCCAUCCAGGCUGCCUUGAAUCCCAGCAGUGCAGAGAAUAUUCUCUCUCAAAACAAUCCCAACUACGAUCCCAACAUCGAGUGUGCCGACUCCCAGAGAACAGUACGCAUAGUGGCUUCCAAGCAAGGCAAUUCUGUUACCCUCGGAACGGAUUACCAGGGUCGCAAGAUCAGCGUCCUAAACAAUGCAGACCUGAACAUAGCGCAGACGGCAUGGGGCGACAGCGGUGUCUAUGUCUGCUCUGUGGUCUCUUCCCAGGACCUUUCAGGAAACGGUGAAGACUACACAGAACUAAUUGUGCUUGAGAGAAAGUCAAAUACUACUGACCUCCUGCCUGGCAUUGACUUACUGGUUAUGGAAGACUGGCUCCUGGUUGUUAUGGUGGUUUUUGGCUUCCUGUUGCUGCUGCUCCUGAUUGGUAUCUGCUGGUGUCAGUGCUGCCCACAUACCUGUUGUUGCUACAUCAGCUGCCCGUGCUGCCCCGACCGCUGCUGCUGCCCACGAGCAUUGUACGAGGCAGGAAAAGCAGUGAAGAAAGGUGGUGUGCCAAUGAGUCAGUAUGCUCCCACCAUCUACGCUCCCAGUAUGUAUGCUCAGCCAGCAUACGGUGGUUCACUAAACCAGCCUGUUAUGCCUCUGCUUCCUUUACCCAAUGGAGCUGGACCCCCACCUCCCGUGAAUGGUUACAGUCGUGACUAUGAUGGGGCCAGCUCAGUCGGACAGGGCUCCCAGGUGCCUCUGCUGCAUGACCAGGACGGUGGUGGAGACAACACUCGCAGUGGGUUUCGUAUCAAGGUGGACCCCAGUGGGAAUGCCACGCGUGCCAUUUACUAUAUGGAGCAGGAACUGGCCAACAUGGACCCAUCCAGACCUGGCAACUACAACCGCUUGGAUAAUAUGACUGAAGUCAGUUCGCUACAUGAUAGCAUGGACGCUCGGGGUCGUGGUGGUCGUUCUCAGCCGCCACCUCUGGCCACAGUCUACGACAGGGAUGAGGCCAUGAGCACCAUAAGCAGUGUCUCCCAGCAAGGCCGCCACCGUGAUGACUACCCACGCCGUGGUGGAGGGUACAUGGGGGAUCGUGUACGCGCCCGCUCCAUGGACAACCUUGACGACAUUGGACGGCGCUACGGCCGAGAUGAUUACGCACCUUACCGGCACCGAGAUGAGCCCAGAGGCAGGAGAGGCUCGGAUGACGGGUGGAGCAGUAGUGCUCGCAGUGGUAAUGACCGCGACUUUGACGACCGCAGGCGUCGUGACUACUCCCCUGAUGAUCGUCGGAGAGGAGACGGAGGGCGCUAUGGUGGCCUCCCGGGGCGACGCAGCCGCAGCCGAGAUGAUCUGAUGGACCUGGAGAGGGAUCGAAGGCCUGGCGGUGGUCCCAGGGGUGGGCGAGAUGAUUACGAUGACAGCUUCCUGCGAGAAGCAAUGGAGAGGAAGAGGUUGGGUGAACAGCAGAGGGCACGCAGCAGGGAGCGAUUGGACAGCGAGAGCGACCGCUCGGAUCGAAGCAGGGCGCCACGUGGGCCUCCACCACUUCCUCAGAUCCCACCUUCUGGAAACCCAGGUCGCCGUGACGACUUUCCACCUCCUCCACCUCCACCGUACAGUGAAGAUGAAAGUGUGUCAUCUUCAAAGAAAAGCAACCUUCGCAAGAAUGGAGCUGUGAGUCGGGAGAGCCUGGUGGUGUAAAACCAGCUAUGACAUGAGCAACAUGUCUAAUAAUGCAGCUCUGGACCAGAUGAUUUCUAAGACUGUAAAUAUUAGUCACACCACUGAUCUGCUGUGCUGAUUUUUAUGCAUAAUUUACUGAAAACUUACCAAGAAUUGAUGCUGAAUGUGUAUGUAUACUUUUCUAAACAGGAAAGAGGUGCACAGAUGAGGUGUUAUGUGCCUUUUCAUGUAUAAAACUUUGUGGCUGCCACAAGUGCCUUAUAGAGUGUACAGAAUUUUACUUGUAGGUGUGAAAGUCAAGUUGAUAAAUAAUUCUCUGUAACGGUAUUUACAUCUUGAUGAGUAAAGAUGUUUAGAUUUGUAUUAACUUUUAUGUAGUUUGAGUUAGCUUAUAUAGGUACUGAUGUAGAUUUGUGGGGGUCUAUAGAUUUUUCUUACUUUUUUACUUGUGAAAAAAAUGUUUUUAUGAGAAAAACUGCAUACAUUUAUAUUGACAUUUUAUCUCUGCUUUUUGCUUUUAGUUGUGUUUUAGUGGGCGCAGUGUUUUUAGAAACUGGGUGAACAAAACAGUCUUGAUGAGAGUUUGUGUCUGAAUACUAAUUUUUUCUCCUUCUGUUUUACACAAAAUUUCUGUUUUAACCUGCAGUAUGUUGUACAGCUAACCAACAAUACACUCAAAUAAUACUCAGUAAUGCAAAAUGCUAAUGUGAUGCUAUGAUGUGACGAAACCUAAUUUUACAAUAAAAGUUUCUAUUGUCAGGCAA